ACCUUAGUCUCCACUGACUCUGCAGGCUCCUGUGGUCGAGUCUAAACCACUCAUUGUUCCCUAAAGCUGAAAGCAAAAUUAACCACCAUGAGGCUUUGGGUGUCUCUCCUGCUGGUCACGCUGGCCCUUUGCUGCUACCAGGCCAAUGCAAUGGUCUGUCCAGCCUUUGUUAUUCAUACAGUAAACUUCUUAACUAUGCCUAUGUGGCUGUUUGAGAAGACACUUAAAAUAUUUAAUGCACCAGCAGAUGCUGUUCAGGCAAAGUUUCAAGUGAAGCAAUGCGUGGAUGAGAUGCACGGAGGAGACAUACUUAAAAUUAACGCUAUAUUGGUGAGAAUGCUUCCUAAGUGUCUCUAGUUGCAAAGGAUAUUAUAUUCUGUUUCUACUCUCCUCCAAUGAUACCUGAUUUUCAAUGAAAAAUGUAAAGGUUUCAACAUCUUGCUUUAAUAAAUUAUGUUC